AUGUCCGAACUCAACGUCGCUGCGGUGCUUACACCCAAGCCCGAGAAAUUCGACGAGGUCGCCGCCCUUGUCACCGAAGUCACCAAGCAGGUGCAAGAAAAUGAGCCGAACACUCUGCUCUACUACGCAUUCCAGGACAAGACCGAGAUCAUCAUUGUUGAAAGAUACAAGGACCAGCGGGCGGUCCAGGCGCACACCAAGGCCCCCUAUUUCCGCGACUUCGCCGCCAAGCUCCCGGGACUAUUGGCGAAGCCGUGGGAGCUGCGCGCGGGUGGAUUCCUGAACGGUGCGCGGGGAGUGUCGCGCCUGUAG